AUGGGGGCCGAUCCAUCAUAUCCUGGAGACAAGAGCGCUCUAUCCUACAACGGACGUACCGCACUGCAUUACGCUGCACAAGUGAACAACGUUCAAAUGAUAGAAUUUCUUAUCAGUAAGGACGCUAACAAGGAUGCGCAAGACUUGGAGGAUCGUACUCCGCUGUUUCUCGCUGCAUCCCAUGGGCAUGUCGAGGCAGUGCAAGCACUCGUCAAAGCUGGAGCAUCUCUGGAAAUAACUGAUCAGAAGGACCGCACUCCUUACAAAGUAGCCGAAGAGAAUGAGUUCAGAAAUGUUUUGGAGGUUCUGGAUUCCGAAGAGAACAAAACUAGUGUACCGCUGCAUAUGGCCAUAGGAAAAAACUCCGUAAAAAACAACAAUCGUCAGGUUAAGCGGAUUCCUGUCAAGCGGAAGCCACAACCGCUUACACCACCGCAUUCUGAUGGCUGUGGAUCGACACCUUCACCUCACACUACAACCUACGGUCCUUCGUCGAGACCCACAGCGUCAGUUCUGGACUCCCCUUCUAGUGAUCGUACAAGUAGCGGGAAUGAUGGAUUUUCUCCUGGAUCACUACCGAUGACACACCCUUCCUACUGGACCUCAGAUGUCUCUCAUCAAUCCCCACCAUAUGAGGGCACUGAGUUAGGAGUUUGUUCGUACUACGGAAAUUAUGCCAUGCAAAACUCAUCCUAUGCUCAAACUUUCUCUGCCACCGCCUAUCCUUCAUGCCAGUAUUCAGAAAGAUCCGCUUAUUAUGCGAAUCAGGUCUAA